AAAUUAUCAAGGUCUUAACAUCUGCUACGAAGCUCAAUCCUACACCAUGUGAUUCAAAUCCAUUGAGUUUGACACCAUUUCGACUUUUCCUAUGCAGCAUUCAUUGAAUUGAAUCAUUAUCACCCCAGCUUCUCAACUCCGCGAAAAUGGCGAAAGUGCUUCCUACAAUCCACCUGCAAACCACAUGUUCGAUGAAAUGCCUACCGUCUUUCUCUAUGCUUCCGUCGACACUUCACUUAGAGAAGAAGCCGCCGCUGUUCUACCACAGGAACCGCAGUUUUCAGCGCUUCUCGACUAGGUCGUUUGAGAUGGAGAGCGACGGAAAACUAUCCGAUGUGGGGAGAGAGGAAGCUGAGUUGAUGGUUGAUGCAAGCUCUGAUUCUAGUUCCCACGUUGAUGAUGAGUACCCAAGUGGUGAGUUUGUGUAUAAGGAGAAUGAUAUUUGGAAAGAUUUGGUCGUCAAGUCCAGAAUGUUGAUCGCUUGGCCAUGGCAGCGUGUUAAGAAAGGCAGUGUGCUCACGAUGAAGAUACGUGGCGAGAUAUCUGAUCAAUUGAAAAGCCGUUUCUCCUCAGGAUUAUCUUUACCUCAAAUUUGUGAGAAUUUUAUAAAAGCAGCUUAUGAUCCUCGUAUUUCGGGUAUUUAUCUCCACAUUGAACCGUUGAGUUGUGGGUGGGGGAAGGUUGAAGAAAUUUACCGGCAUGUUGUGGACUUCAAGAAAUCAGGCAAGUUUAUUGUGGGCUAUGUUCCAGUAUGUGGAGAGAAGGAGUACUACAUAGGCAGUGUUUGUGAAGAGCUUUAUGCCCCACCAAGUGCUUACUUUCAGUUGUAUGGGCUGACUGUUCAGGCAUCAUUCCUUGGAGGUGUCCUGGAGAAAAUUGGGAUCGAGCCUCAAGUUCAGCGGAUUGGUAAAUAUAAGAGUGCUGGAGAUCAACUUACACGUAAAAGCAUAUCUGAUGAAAACCGUGAGAUGUUAACGGCUUUGCUCGACAAUAUUUAUGGAAAUUGGGUGGAAAAAAUUUCUCUUGCUAAAGGAAAGAAAAAAGAAGACAUUGUGAGCUUUAUCAAUGAAGGAGUAUAUGAAAUUAAUAGACUGAAGGAAGAUGGCUGGAUAACUGAUAUAAAAUACGAUGAUGAGGUCGUAUCACUUCUAAAACAGCGUCUGGAUAUUCCUAGUGAUAAAAAACUUCCUACAGUUGACUAUAGGAAAUACUCCCGUGUCAAGAAAUGGACUUUAGGAUUGACUGGCUAUAGAAAUCAGAUUGUCAUAAUCAGGGCCUCUGGAAGCAUUAGCCGUGUUCGUGGUGCAUUCAGUACGUCCAACUCAGGAAUUGUUGCUGAGCAGUUCAUUGAAAAGAUUCGCACCGUAAGAGAUUCCAAAAAGUACAAGGCAGUCGUCAUUCGCAUUGACAGUCCUGGAGGAGAUGCCCUUGCAUCUGAUUUAAUGUGGAGAGAAAUCAAACUUUUGGCUGCCUCAAAGCCUGUAAUUGCAUCAAUGGCUGAUGUUGCUGCUAGUGGAGGAUAUUAUAUGGCCAUGGCUGCGCAGACUAUAGUUGCAGAAAAUCUUACUCUAACUGGUUCAAUUGGAGUUGUGACAGGAAAGUUUAAUUUGGGGAAUCUCUAUGAAAAAAUUGGUUUCAACAAGGAGAUCAUAUCUAGGGGAAGAUAUGCAGAGCUUACUGCAGCUGAACAGAGACCCUUCAGGGAUGAUGAAGCUGAACUCUUUGCAAAGUCAGCACAGAAUGCAUAUAGAGGUUUCCGGGACAAGGCAGCCUCUUCAAGAUCAAUGACUAUAGACAAGAUGGAGGAGGUUGCUCAAGGAAGAGUUUGGACAGGAAAUGACGCGGCUUCACGAGGUCUGGUUGACGCAGUUGGUGGACUAUCUCGAGCUGUGGCAAUAGCAAAACAAAAGGCUAAUUUACCAAUGGACGAAGAGGUCACGCUUGUGGAGCUGUCAAGACCUUCAACGUCUCUGCCUGAACUCUUGGGUGGAUUAGGAGGCUCCAUUGCCGAAGCUGACAAAGCAAUCCGAGAGUUGCUUGAGGUCAUGGCGUCGUCCAGUGGAAUUCAAGCCCGCAUGGACGGGAUCAUGAUGGAACAGCUUGGAGGUUCUUAUACCAACAUCAUUUUCACCGUGAUAAAAGAUUACUUGAGUUCUCUCUAGUAUCUUCAUGAUUAUUCAUCAUCAAGGAACACGCAUAUACGUUAUUCAAAGAUGUAUAGGCAAGCCUAUCCUUAAAUGUGUUACAUGCGAUUUCUAGUAGAGCAGAAUGUAGUGGUAAGUGGUUUAUGUGUUCCUAAGGAUACUCUGCCUUGCUUCGACCAAUUGUAAAUUGCUUUAUAUACGAGAUUAUGGUUUCCAUCGCUUGGGAUCUUCUCUCA